AUGUCCCGUCAGUCCGUGUGCAGGAGCUUCGGGAUGGGCAGCAGGAAGGGAUUCAGCUCCUGCUCCGCCGUGGGCGGCGGGUUCGGGGGCAGCGGCGGCCGGAGCCGGAUCAGCUACAGCUCCUUCUCCACGUCCAGAGGGGUCGGAGGAGGGGGACGCUGCGGGGGCUUCAGCAGCCGGAGCCUCCACAACCUGGGGGGCAGCGCCAGGAUGUCCGUGGGAGGCUCCUACGGAUGUAGGAUCCCGGGAUUCAGCGGAGGAUUCGUGGGAGGAUUCGGCGGCAUCGCAGGAGGGGUCAUUGGAGGAGGAAUUGGCGGCUUUGUGGGGCCCGUCCGCGGCGGCCCCGGGUUCCCCGGGGGAAUCCAGCCCGUGCAGGUGGAUCCCACCCUGCUCCGACCCGUCCACGUGGACAUCGACCCCCAGAUCCAGCAGGUGAAGUGCCAGGAGAAGGAGCAGAUCAAGACCCUCAACAACCAGUUCGCCUCCUUCAUCGACAAGGUCCGGUUCCUGGAGCAGCAGAACAAGGUCCUCUCCACCAAGUGGGAGCUGCUGCAGCAGCAGGGGCCAGUGGGGCCGAGGAAGAACCUGGAUGUGAUCUUUGAGAACUACAUCCAGAACCUGAGGAGGCAGCUGGAGAACCUGCUGGGGCAGCGGGGGCAGCUGGAGUCGGAG